UCAACCAGUUGCAUUUAUUACAUGCAUCAUGGAUGCAUCCAUCCCAGUUUUUGAGAAGCCCCACCCUCGCCUAAGUGUCCUAGACUGGACAAGGAACAUCCAAAGACUGCAGAAUGAGGCGAGAGUGCGUCGUUUCGAGUCCUACGAGUUGAGAAACAGGGCGAAUCAGUUGAGGAACGAGACCUCGGUCACUACGCGAUGGGAUAAUUGCGUUAAUAAUGAGCUGCUGAGGGAUAGAAUAUUCCUCGUAGACUCGUUCCGCGAGAAGCAGCGUUUCACCAGCGAGAUGGUUCGCGACGAAAUCCGCGCUCUAAAAGAAGAGAAGAACACUACAGAGCUACAUUUGGAGUCCCUACAGGUCCCGCUUAUGGUGUCUUCGCAGUGCUUAUCGAAUAGGGACCAGAGGGUGCCGCCGGAGCUUACCAGGGACCAGUUAGGGGAAGAACUGAAUAAGGAGCUUCACAUAAUCGAGAACAGCAAACGCACACUAACAGACGUAUGCCACAUGGGUUGGGAAAAGCUGAAGGAACUAAACAACGUCCUCUGUCGGCUAGAACGAGAAAUAAGGAAUAAAGAGGAAACUCUUGACUUGGAGAAUCAUGUGAAGCAUUUAGAUAGGAACAGCUCUGAUAUAUCGUAUAAGUUAGAGCCUACGAGGAUACCGGCUGAGUCAAUGACCGAAGAGAGUUACGUGAAUUGCAUAGAAAACACGGUGCAGAUAGCCGAGCAGCUGAUGGCAGAGUCAAAGGCUCUGCGUGCCACCAUGUUCAAAAGCAGGGAACAGGCGAGCAACCAGAUGCACGCUCAGUCUCAAGAGGUGGAAAUGAUAAUGCGAAGACGCGUUUACGACCAGCAGAGAGCGAGAAAUGAGAUGGAGUGGCAGAAAUACAAGCUGGAAAGCAACCUAGCAAAAUUGGACCGUGAAAUUGAAUCACUUCGCGCGGCUGUGGCCGACAAAAUCAACCCCACCAAACUUGUGGAAACUCGCUUGGAGAUGAGAAUGAAAAGACCAGUGUUAGAAAGAGUUCAGGAUAUACCGAUGCGUGGGCUAAUGGAGGAGUAUGAGAGAGUUCAUAUGAGCUCAAAUAUGCUCGAGAAAAAAUUGGAAGAUGCUUUAACAACAUACCACGGAAUGUACAACCACCACCAACGAGUGACCAAGGACCUUCAGUACAAGAACCAAGCUCUAGAGACAGAUCGCCGUCUCAUCGAGAUACGGAAACCGAUUCAUGGCCCCGAUGAGACCGAGUUCAAGAGGAACGUGGGGUACUGUCAUAUGAGAGAUGAGUUGGUACCGGAAUAACCGGUUUACUGGUACUGAUAGUAGGUUGAUGUAAAUUGUGUACCGGUAUUAACGUUUGAAUGAUAAUAAUAUUAUGAGUUU